CAGAAUAUAAUAAUUUAUUAUGAUGAUAGAGACAAUCAAGAUCGUCUUCUUCUUCCUCCCCGGCGCUGCUCCUCGCACGAUGCUCCUGCGCCGCCGCCGGUGACCCCUUGACCACCCUUCUGGAGGCGCUGGCAUUUCUCUAGAGGUCCUGCCACCAUGUCUCAAUAUGCCACGGAGCUGUGUACGCUCCUGAUCGAAGACAAUUUCGGGGAGCUGUUUGCGCGGAUCUUCUCCACGCUGCGCCGUUACGAUCGACUCCCACUCCCCCGUCUUCGAUUCUACUCGGGUCUGUCAGACCGGCAGCUACGCUAUGGCCUCUCUGCCAUGAUCCAGCAUCACCUCGUCUUCCAUUACACCUCCUAUGAUGACGGACUCACGUACUACGAGGCGAAUAUGCAGGCCGCAUACUACCUGAUCCGAUCCGGCAAGAUUCUCGAAUUCAUCGAAGACCGGCUGGGAAAAUAUGCGUCGAAAGUGAUGUCUGCGAUUCUUUUCCUGGGACACGCGCAGGUCGGUUACCUCGAGACUCUGCCGGAAUUGCAGGGCGGCGACUCAGCGCAGCCGGAGACCAAUGGCGUCAAUGGGGAGCACGAGGGAGAGCCGUACGAGGAUUUGGCCGUUGAGGAUGGUGAAAAUGGUGUACAUGAUGAAAACGGCCAAACAGAAAACCACACGAAUGACGUCAAUGGUGACCGCGCAGCGGAAGAGGGCGCUGGAAGACUUCAUCCAACUCUCAAAGCACUUGCUGCCCACGGCUACAUCAUCCGUGUCCGCGAGGCUCAAUUCCAGAGCCCCGCAGACAAUCUGCUCUACGCAGAACGGGCAAUGAAGGCCCGGUCAGACAUCAAGAUGCUGAAGGGAAAGAAACUCGAGGAGGCCGUCGCGGAGGGUGCUGUAGAGAUGGUCAAGGAGCGCACAGACGGCGACCUCUCUCGUGGCUUGAUGUUCAAUGGAAUUCCACGAGGUGCGAAGAGACGACAUGCGAAUGGAACGGUAGACGGCCCCAAUAAGAAGCAGAAGGUGGACGAUUCGGCUGGUUAUGAGGAUGAUGACGAAGAGAAUGACUGGUCCGACGACGAGGGGGGAUUUGAGGAUACCGCCCCGAUGGAGUCUGGCCUGAUUGUUCGCGUGAACUACGAGAAGCUAGACGUUGCUUUCAGGAACCGUCGCCUGGUCGAACUAUCUGAACAGGGGACAUCAGCCGCAACCGCUCAGGUUUAUGAGACUCUUCUCCGUCGCAUCGAAUACCAGACCCCUCGCUGCCGUGAUGAGCCAGAAAUCCCGUAUGAGGGAGAGGAAGGAGAACAAUACUCGGUGGCUAUUCCGUUGCACGCAUUAGUUCAGGAGAUCGACCCGGACCUCGAUCUCGCAAGCUCUAUCGGGCCUGCGGACCCGUCACAGACUGCCAGCAGACGCGGUAAACGGCCUCUGGAUGAGGAGGACGGUGGGAAUGCUGCCGGUAAUGAAGCUCCUGGCGGCCGUAGCCGCGCCUACGAGGUGGAUCAGCACCUGGCACUUCUGGCUCAGCCACCGUAUAACUUUUCUUCUCGACGCACAACGACAGGUAUCAUCACCUGGACGGUCGAAUGGCGGCAUCUGGCCCGCAAGCUCCGCCAUCUCGAGUUGGAGCGUAUGAUCGAGGCUCGCUACGGCGAUGUAGCGCUGCGUGUUGCCCGAGUACUCCAUUCGAAGGGGAAGCUUGAUGAGAAGCGCCUGCAGGAAAUCAGUCUCUUGCCCCCAAAGGACCUCAGACAGGUUCUUGCCAGCAUGCAAGCGGGCGGAUUCGUGGAUCUGCAGGAAGUUCCUCGGGACGCACAGCGUCAGCCGUCAAAGACGAUCUACCUGUGGUUUUACGACCCCGAUCGGGUGCGGCGCAACAUUGUGCAGGACAUCUACAAAGCGAUGUCCCGCUGUCUGCAGCGGAUCGCAGUCGAACGGGACCGGUUAAAGGAGUUUCUGGAGAAGUGCGAACGAAGCGAUGUCAAGGGCAAUGAAGAACGCUAUUUGUCCGAGGCGGAGCUGCAGACGCUGCAGCAGUGGAGAGACAAGGAGGCUCUCCUGCUGGGUGAGGUUGCUCGACUGGAUGACAUGGUUGCGGUCCUGCGGGACUAUUAGGAAGGGAGAGGUUGGGAAAAGGUGAUCCGGUGUUAUGGGAAUGUUGAAAAUACUUGUGCUAAAAUAAAAAAGAAACUCGACAGUUAUGUACUGUACGAGGUGUACUUGAUUGCAGCAAAGGCAUAGCCUCUGGCGUCAGGGAUGGGAGGAAUUAAUUAUAAAAGUUCUUGUAUCAAUCAACCAUCUUGUGGUGGAUAGGAUUUAUUUCCAGUGCCUGGCCACUUUGAUCAAUGUAGCUUAUAAUUGAUUCAGUUGACUAUGCCAAGUACUUACUCUGU